CAAAUGUUGUCACUUACACGUGCUUAAUUCAAGCCUGUGCAAUUUCGGCCGAUGGAGGGAGGCUAAUACUUUGUUGAAUGAGAAGACACAAAGGAGGGUCAUGCCAGAUUUGCAAACCUUUAGCAUAUUGGUGGACACACUCUGCAAGGAAGGGAUGUUGAAUGAGGCAAACAAAGUUUUUACCGUGAUGAUUCAAAGAGGCAUUGAGCCUAACACAAUCACAUAUAGCUCUUUGAUUGAUGGUUAUUGUUUACAAAACAAAAUGGAUGAUGCUAUCAAAACAUUUAAUAUGAUGGUUGAGAGAGGUUGUUCACCUAAUGUGUUUAGCUAUAACAUAUUAAUCAAUGGAUAUUGCAAAAAUAAAAGAAUUGAUGAAGCAAGGAGUCUCUUUGAUGAAAUGUCCAACAAGGGAGUGGCUCCCAACGUUGUGACUUACAGCACUCUUAUAGGUGGGUUUUGUCAAGUGGAGAGACCCCAAGCUGCACUAGACCUUUUUCAAAAGAUGCAGGCAUGUGGCCAACUUCCAAAUCCCCAAGCCUAUGCUAUCUUGUUGGAUGGCCUUUGUAAGAACAAAAAAAUUGGGGAGGCGUUGGCAUUGUUUCAAGAGAUGGAAGACAAAGAGUUGGACCACAAUAUUGUGUUUUACAACAUCUUGAUUGACAGUAUGUGCAAUGCAAGGGAACUUACAACUGCAAGAGAAAUCUUUAAUUGUCUUCUUGCAAAAGGAUUGCAACCUGAUGUUAAGACUUACACUAUAAUGAUCAAAGGGUUUUGCAAAGAGGGGUUAAUUGAUAAAGCGAGUGAGCUUCUAGAGAAAAUGGCUGGGAACCAUCUCUCUCCUGAUGAUCGCACAUAUAACACAAUCAUCCAAGGGUUGCUGCAACAAAAUGAGACAGCAAAGGCUUUGGAACUUGUUAAGAUAAUGGUUGACAAAGGUUUUUCAGCAAAUGCAACCACUGCAUCCAUGGUAGUUGACUUGCUAUCUGCAAAUCCAGGAGAUAAAGCACUUCAAGAAUUACUUCAAUAACUUGUGUGAAGGCUUUUAAUUUUACAACAUCAAGAACAACUUUCAUCAUUUAUUGCUUUGCUAGACAAGCCAUAAAGAGUAUGUAUAUUUGUUGGAAGCUGU